AUGAGCCGAUGGAAAAAUUUGAAUUCUGAUGAUAUUCAACAGUUUCUCGAAAUUCCUUCCGGUAGUGAAGAUGACCUGGAACUGUCUGAUGAGGACAGCGAUGACGACUUGAUCAGAAUCCAGGAUUUGGUGUUGAACGAAGUGGAGAUGUGCCCUGAAGUACUACAGGAUGAUUUCUUCGAUGAGAACGUGAGCAUACCUAGUCCAAGGUCAAGCAGUAGUAUGUUAGUGAUUCAGCCAACAAGCAGUUCUUCUAACACAGCCAACGUUGCAUCACAACCUAGUACUUGCAGGCAAGUAAAUCCUAGAUCCAGCCGAGUAGCAUCACGACCUCAAGCAGUACCUACUCCCCGCAUCAUUUCACCUUCCCCACAGCCUGUCAGGCCAGCCAGGCCAAAACCUAAGAGAGAAUACAUAUGGCGGAAGAUGGACUUUCAGCUACCUGAUACCACAUUUACUGGCGUUGACGUGUUGGAACAACCAUAUACUACAUUUGAAACACCUUUGCAGUACUUUUUGCACUUUUUUGACGACGAUUUGUUGGAUCACAUUGCUGAAGAAUCUACUAAAUACAGCAUACAGAAGGAUUGCUCAAAGCCAGUUUUGGUUACAAAGACGGAACUCAAAAAAUAUUUAGGCAUCUGUCUCUUGUUAGGUGAGGAGAGCCAGGACACGACAGACUUUUCCGUAUUGGAAACAUUGAUAAAGAAAUGUCAAACUGUGCCGAAACGAGAGACACUUUCGGUGGAUGAGCAAAUGUGCGCUACCAAAGCCUGCAACUUCCUCCGCCAGUAUCUCCCGAACAAACCUCAUAAGUGGGGAUACAAGUUGUUGGUGUUGUGUGAUGAUAAAGGUUUUGCUUAUGACUUUGAAAUCUACUCCGGCGCAGAAAAUGAUCCUGAGUUGAGGCUGCCCGACGAAUGUGAUUUAGGAGCGAGUAGCAACAUUGUUGUACGCCUAUGUCGCAGUGUUCCAAGAAAUCAAAAUUAUAAGAUCUUUUUCGAUAAUUAUUACACGUCUCCUGAAUUUAUUUCUUACUUGGCUAAAAAAGGCAUUCAUACAUUAGGCACCGUGAACAAGGGUCGUAUGGGGAUGACUUUGAAAAUGCCAUCUCAAAAAGAAUUGACGGCCGCUAAAAGGCCGCGCGGCUAUUCAGAAGGAUGGGUGGCUACUGUUGAUGCAGUACCAGUCUCAGCAGUGCUGUGGCGAGACAGCAAAUCUGUUGUUCUCGCAUCUUCUUUUGUCGGUGAACAACCUAAAUACAAAGCAAAACGUUUCUGUAAGAAACGUCAACAAUACACAGAAGUCAACGCCCCAAAUAUUAUUGGACAUUACAAUCGGCAUAUGGGCGGAGUAGAUCUCCUUGACUCUUUCAUAGGAAAACACAAAAUAAAAAUGCGUACAAGAAAGUGGUACAUGAGAAUAUUCUAUCAUUUGCUAGAUGUGAUGCUGAUAAAUAGCUGGCUUUUAUAUAAAAGAGUAGAGACGCAGAGGGAAAACACAAAAAUGAUGAAGUUACGAGAAUUCCGACUGGAGGUGGCCAAAGCAUUGUGUUGGUGUGGACCGUCAAUAAUAAAGAAGAGAGGAAGACCCUCCUCAUUUGUAUCUGACAUGCUUGAUGAAAGAAUCAAAAGGAAGCCAAAACUCAAUGUACCACCAAAAGAUGUCAGGACCGAUGGAAUGGAACACUUUCCUAUUUGGUCUAACAUUAGGAAGCGAGGGUCAAGCAAGAUGGUGCGAAAUUAUGUUCGUAAAACAGACAGAGGGACAUAUCCAAAAGAAAAAUUGCUAGAAGCCGUAGAAAGAGUCAAGAACGGAGAUUUAUCAGCUUAUAGAGCCUCUAUAGAAUAUGGGAUUCCACGAGCAACAAUAGUAGCAAGAGUGUACGACAGAUAUGGUCUAAAAUCAAAUUCUUUGGGGAGAUGUACAGUUCUUCCUGAAGCGAUAGAAGAAAAAUUGGCAAAACACUUACACGUAAUGGAGAAAUAUGGGUUUGGCCUCACAAGAGUUGAAAUCAUGGAACUGGUCGGACACUACAUCGCCAAGAAUCAAAUCGAUAAUCCUUUUAAAAAUGGAAUCCCGGGAGCACUCUGA